UAUUUUGAAGGGUAAAUCUUCAGUGUUCCGGUUGUAAUCCAGCUAGCUUGAUGCAGCUGAGUCAAUACUGUCUAUGGAGUCAACGGACCCACAGAACAGCUAGCUAGUUAUGAAACUGAGUCCUGCUGCCAGUCAGAUCACCUCUCAACAGAUGAGGGGAAAGUUGCUGACAGCAUCGUUUUCAAUGGAAACACACUAGAAAGGUCCUCUGUGGGGAAACUCAGACUUUGUCCAUCAUGCAUUUAGAGGCUCAGCUGCGUCUCUGUCAGAGUUGUCUGUGGGGCUGCAGGAGCGGGCUGCGCCUGCUCUCCCAGAGCUAUGCACACAGAAAAGCUGUGAACUACUACAAUCUUCUGGGAGUCAAAUCUGAUGCCUCCUUGGAGGAAAUAAAAAAUGCCUUUUUUGACAAAUCUAAGAAGCUGCACCCAGACAGCGACCCAUCCAACCCAGCGCUGCACAGCCAGUUUGUGGAGCUGAACGAGGCCUACCGAGUGCUGAGCAAAACGUCGAGCAGGAAGGAGUAUGACUUCAAAAUCGGACAUCCAUACAGCGGGGGCCAGGCCUUCAGAUCUGCCUCCAGUCACACCAGCUACAGAUCUAGUACGGAGACCCAGGAGAACUUUCGUUACUGGGAGCAGUUUCGUCAGUCUCCAGCACAGGAGAUGACGGCAGAGGAGUGGCAGAGGAGGAGGAGGAGAAACUUCCGCCUGGUGGGCUAUUGCUUCAUCACGAUGGUGCUCAGCGUCGGAGCCCACGUAGUCUUCUUCAGGAAACUGGAAGAAGUUCACAAUAACUUUAUGGACGAAAAAGAUCGAGUCAUCACGGAAAUUUACAAUGAAUCCAAAGAGAGGGCCAGGGCCAACGGUUUUAAGAAACAGACUGAAAUCCUGCGGCAGAAACAUGCUGAGUUUCUGGAGAAAUACAAGAUCCCCAAGGAUGGAGAGGACAAGUAGGAGAGUCUCCAACUGUGCACUGUGAUAAUGGAGUUUCAAAUGGCAGCAGGUGAAAGGCAGUGGACUGGAUGUGGAACCUGCUUUAGGAUUUUUAGAGUUUUUUUAUUUAUGUGAAACAUGUUAAUGUGUUUGUCCUCAGUUGAGUACUUGAAGACACACAGAACAUGGGUGUGAUGUGGGAAUGUUUCAUCUGGUCAUACAAGUGUUUCUUAGUGACCAAGCCAAGCUUGCACAUCCGACUACACCGGUCUGUUGAAGCAUUUAUACCUACUGUGAUGUGACGGUCAUAAGGAUCCGCCUACAGUAUGUACACAAACCAUAAUGAACACUGUUCAAACUGCCUCUUAUGAACUCACAGGAACAUGCUAUUUAUUGUCCUCUGCCUCAUUGCUGUUAGCGGGGCUCACCGAUAACAGCAUGAGUUGAUCAAGUCAAGACGAGACAGACUAACUGUAAUGCCAAUAUGUUUCUUGCUGAAAAAAGAAAAUUGUAUUGAUUAAAAUCAUAUCCUGGGUUGCACACAAGAGGACGCUCCAUAAUGUUCUUUUAGGUUUGAUGUAGUCUAGCAUAGCCAGACCUAUCUCCACAAUACGUUUUAGUGCUGUGCCAGCGCUGGAGAAAGGUCCGCCUGAACCCAUCAUAAUUAAGCACUAAGGGAAAUAAACCACUUGUUUGUAUUUCUUUAAACCAAUCUCAAUCGUCUUGGGAGGCGCCAAGCCCAGGAUGUAGCGACGGUGCCCUUUGCAAAACAGUGUCAGGAGGAGAUUUGUGUCUGAAAUAGGCAGCCAGUGGCAGGCUCAUACGCACAGUCUACAUCCCGUGAGUCAGACUAGGUUCGGUGAGACUGUUCGGGGGCGUGAUUGAGGGGGGUGAAGUAUGACACGUGCGAGUCAAACCGGUCGAAACAUGCUACAAUGCCUGUUAGCUGAUCGCAGUUAUGAAUUUUGGGACAUCGCUGUCAAACUCCUCACUGUUCCUUCUGUUGACCGUGUGUUGCUGUUUGAAAUGCAACCCAUAAUAAAAUGUCCUCCAUUUGUUAGAAAUGGAGUCAGAGAAGAAAAUCAAUAUUAUCACAUGAAAAGAGUGACACACUAACUUAUUUAGAGUCAAACUAUUGUAUUAAUAAUGAGACUGUGUGUCUCAUGUUCACAUUGAAUACAAAGAAGUUUGCUGGUUAUUUCAACAUUUACCACUUUACCUCUGUUUUUAGAUUAGAGAUUGUUGUUGCCUUAUCUAUUCCCUGAUGGGAUGUCAGAGGGAAAUGAUUAAAAGAUCAACUUUUUCUCAUCAAUCA